UCACAGCGGACACAGGAAAGCAGAAGUUGGGAAAUAGUUACUGAUUUUACAACUGCGAACCUAAAAGCUGCUUCAGACUAAUAUUAACAGAACCACUGAGAGCAGGAAACAGCAGGAUAAUGAGUGCUGCUGAGAGUCAGUCAUCACUGGAGGCCAAACUGAAGGCCCUGCACUGCCACUUCACCUGGGACAUCGACACCAACAGGUCUAAACUGUUACGUCUUGUGGAGAAGCUGAAGGACAUCGGCACCGAGGAGGGAAACAUCUGGCUGGGUCACAUUUACAACCUGCAGGGGUACAUUCACUACCAGCUGGGCUUGAAUGAAGAUGCACAGUGUUUCCUCAGCAAAGCCACAGAGGCCUUCCACCAGUCAAGAAAGGUUUCAGAUGAAGGUCCCUGGUUGGUGGUGAACUACGGGAACCUGGCUUGGCUGCACCACCAGCUGGGAGAAAAAGCAGAGAGUCAGACUUACCUGUCAAAGGUCGACACCCUGCUGAAAGAAUACCCAUCUCCAUCCCAGGAUGAGCUCCAUCCAGAGAUCUACGCUGAAAAAGCCUGGACCCUGAUGAAGUUCGGCAAAGACAAAAAGGUGAUGGUUGCAGAUUACUUCCAGAGAGCCAUCAGGAUGCAGCCGGACAUGGUUGAGUGGAAUACCAGCUAUGUGAUAGCGUCAGUGAAUAGGUACAGCAACAAACCAGAGAAAGAGACCCUGGAGAAAAUGAGAAUGGCCAAAGAACAGGAUCCGGAGAAUUUGUACCUUGCUGUUCUCGAACUUGAGCAGCGUGCUAAGAAAGGAGAAAGAAUUGAAGAUGAAGCACGUGAGUUAGCCAGAAAGGUUUUGAAGAAUCCUGUCAGCAGCUACAGUGGUAUGAAAACCUUAUUAAGGGUUUACAAAAACUAUGUAUCUGCUGAUGAAGCUAUUGAUUUGGCAGAGGAAGCUCUGGCAAAACAUCCAGAUGAACGUUACCUGAAGAGGUGUGCUGCUCUCUGCUACAAAUGGAGGAUAGUUUUUCACAACGACAGUCACAUAAAGCAAAACACAAUACACAGAGCAAUCAGUCUCCAUAAAGAAGUGAUUUCUCUUUACCCUCAUUCAGCACUUCUGAUGAAAAUAUCCCUCGCUAAUGUAUGUGCAAAGUCAAAUCAGGGCCUUGCCAAAGCUGAGCAGAUUUACCAGGAACUGCUAAUAAUGGAUCUGAAACCUGUAGAAAAACAGAUGGUUUACAACUACUAUGCAAAAUAUUUAAACUUUGAUCAAAAAGAUAGCCGCAGAUCGAUAGAAUAUCACAAGAAAGUGGCAGCGAUACCGCAACAAUCCUACUAUCGAGAGAACAGCGUCAAACUUCUGGAGAAGACUGAGGGAAGAAACAGGAGCCGAAUCCAAGGACGAGUCGAUGAGUUUCUGGCCUUCAUGGGAAUUGAGGAAUCCUAAAUUGGGUGGAAAGUUUAGGUUCUCCAUUACCUAAAAAAUCUGUAUGUUCAUCGUUCUGAUUUUCUACACAUUAGAAAAAGAUUUGUGGAUUAGAGAAAGGAUCAAGUUUUCAAAUAAUGAUAAAAUGGACACAAGUGAAGCCCCUAAGUGCUUUGAGAGUCUAGUCAGUCAAGUGACACCAAAAAGGUUGACAAAUUUGAACUGUAUACAAAUGAGAGAUUAAAUCGCGUUGUAGUUCAUUGCAGAAAGAAAAAAAACCUUUUGACAGUUUGACAUAAUUCAAAUCACUUAAUUUCAAUGGGACCGUGCCAUUCAGAUCAGUUAAUCCAAAUGUUCCCUUUUUUUAAAUGAAGUGUUGUAAACUUUUGAACUUACAUAAUUGAACAACAAAGUAUGACAAGCUGCUUAUUCCAGAAAUGCCCCCCCCCCCCAAUCAGUACAUAUAUAUUGACAUUAUAGUGAAGUUAAUGAAAGGCAAAUACUGCUGCAAGAAAGGAAAAAAAAGAAGUCUUAAUAAAUAAAAGAAAAAGAUGUUCAGCAGUAAUAAAGUUUAUGUGAUUUGACUGAAACAAGCUGAAUCAUUCUAAAGCACAAUGAUCAUUACAAUAAUCAUGUUAUCUAUUUCAAUGGUCAGAUUUAUGCAGAUGUUCUUGGGCUCAUAUAUAAACAUGGUGUUUUCUUUUUGGGGUGUUCAUUAUGUCUUUUUAUUUGCACUAUAUUUAAAGUUUAUAUAAGAACAUAAUGCACUUUGUAUGAAAUUUGCUUUGCUGCAAGCUUUGUAGUCAUGAAACAGAAAAAUGUAAUGAUUAAUAUGAUUUAUAACCUGAAUUAUAAUCACAAAGUGGAACUGGUUGUGUAUCUCACUUGUACAUGCCACUAAUACUAAUAAAUAAACUAUAAAAGCUAAUA